CAUAUACAAUUCUGUGUAAUCGAAAUGACAUCUGUUUGAAUGCUGCGUGAAGCGCGCAUGAAGAUUGUGGAAAUUUGGAAAAUCUGAAGGGAAACUUUGAAUAAACAACACAAAAGUGUACAGAAAAUGUCGAAAAGAAAAUUGUUUAUGUGAAAGCAGCAUUUUACCACCUGUUCGAUACAAACGAAAUUGUGUACAAAAUUUGAGGAAACAACAGAUUGUGCUGUGUACGUAAAAGAAACGAAUUUAACUGUCAAUUAACACUUUAGUAUAGACAAUAACAAAGAAGUGAGGGAGGGCAAGACAAGGUAAAUCGCUAAGGACAUCAACAGCAGUGAGUCAAAAAUAGAAUUGGAAAUCAAUUGGUUACAAGGGGCAACCAUAAAUUGCGCAACGGUGCGGAACUUAUUUGCUGACUGCAAAUAAAUAAAUUAACAAACAAAAUAAUAUCAAAAAUACAAGGAUCAGACUAUUCUUGAACAUGGACACCGAUAAGAUGCCAAAUAAUGCCGCAGCACAAGCUGCUGGUAAUGGUGUAGCGGGACGUGGCAAUGGCGUUGCUGGAAAACGUGCUUGUGCCGCUACUACAGCUGGACAUGUUUCGACAGUCGGUGGACGCAAAAAGUCUGGGCCAAAGUUUGAGUUAUCAGACGCACAGAAGGCUGAUAUUAAGGAAGCAUUUGAUUUGUUUGACAGCGAAUGUACAGGAUAUAUUGAAGUCAAAGAACUGAAAGUGGCCAUACGUGCUUUGGGUUUUGAACCAAAGAAAGAAGAAAUUAAACGUAUGAUAGCUGAGAUUGAUAAAGAGGGCACUGGUCGUAUAUCGUAUGGUGAUUUUGUGCACUUAAUGACAAUGAAAAUGGCGGAAAAGGACACGAAGGAGGAAAUUUUGAAGGCUUUUCGGUUGUUUGAUGAUGACGACACUGGUAAAAUUUCUUUUAAAAAUCUCAAGCGAGUUGCACGCGAACUGGGAGAAACUUUAACCGAUGAAGAGCUGCGCGAAAUGAUUGAUGAGGCCGAUUUGGAUCAUGAUGGCCAAGUAAGUCAGGAUGAGUUUUUGCGCAUCAUGAAGAAAACAAGUCUGUAUUAGUGUGCCGCUUGCGGAUACUACAAUUCUUAAUUCCAAAAAAAAAAA